AGUUCAGUGCAGGUCACGUUUGAAGAGGGUCCUCAGUUGCCACCGGCUGCGAAUAUAAGUCACGUGACGUGCAAGGCGCAGUCAGACCACAGCAUGGUGCUAUACUGCCAGCUGUCAGCUGAAGCUGUGAAAUUCCCUGUCUCUGUUACUCAGCAGUCCCCAGUUGCUGUUUCUGUGGACACCUAUCACGUCACAUUGGCUGUGCUGCAGGCUCAGGUGGAGAUCCACUUGGAGGAGAUACAGAGCAAAGGUCUCCUGGUGUCGUGGAUGUUCAAGGACAGACCGGACUUGAACCUUUCGGUUCUUCCGAGACUUCAGCUUCCUGAGAAGAAUGAAGGGAGAGCGGAUCUGUCCACGAUAAGGGAUCUGAUCGAGGAUACCAUUGUCAGCACGCAGCCAGCCAUGAUGGUGAAUCUGAAGGCCUGCACCGCCGGAGCCGCUGCGGUACCCAGCGAUAAGUCGACUCGAGAGUCCCCGUCCAGAGCAGCAGCAGCCCCUCUGGGUUCUAAGCUGUUGCUCCGGAAUCUUCGAGUGCUGAAUUUGGGCCGCCAGGAGAAAGGAGGAGUCGGGGAGAUAUGCUGCGUGGCAGAGCUAGACAGCCCCCCGCAGCAGAAGCGGACGAGGCCGGUUACGGCUGGCAGCGCCGGUGCUGCAGCAGAGAUGGAGUGGAACGAGGAGCUCUUUCUGGAGUUGGGACCUAGAAGUAAAGAGCUGAAGCUGCAGGUGCUGGGGAACGGUGACGGAGGGGGAAGUGUGCUGCUGGCACAUGCCACGCUUCUGCUUGAUUCGUCGGGCAAACAACCAUCGGGGAGACAGGUCUGCUUGCUGGCCCCAGGAGCCGGGCGAUCGCUGGCGGCCGAAGCUACCGUUAUAUUGGAGCUGCUGUUCCAGGAGUCUCCUGCAUCUUUGAAUGCUCAACACGCCGCGUCUCUGCGAACCAGCAUCACCCCCACUAAGAAGGUGGAGAUGGACCGGACCAUGUGGCCGCUACGGAGGCACGGACUCGGCCGCGAUACCCCUGAGGCCGCUCGCGCGGGCGGUGCAAAACCGUUCAGCCGACACGUGCCACGGUCGUCGCGGACUCGCGCCUCGCGCAGCACUUCUGGCUUCCAGGCUGGAACGUCGCUACUUCAAGCGUCGGUAUCUUUCUCGUGCUCAGGGGAUAGCCAUAUGCCCAACGGCUUGGAUCCGGUGGCUGAGACGGCGAUCAGGCAGCUGACCGAGACGAAUAACAAGCCCGCCAAGAAGACCCCGACAAAACGUAGCACGCUGAUCAUCUCUGGAGUUUCCAAGGUACCUAUCGCUCAAGAUGAAAUGGCGCUUUCUCUGGGUUACGCCGCAUCCUUGGAGGCCACGGCGUACGGGGAUUCUGCAGCUGAGAGCGCGGCCGACCAGACGCACGGUUCUACCGAUUUGUCGCAGCUGCCGGAAGCGUCGCCGUCGGGACAAAGGGCCAGUCAGGAGCUGGAUGAGACGACGCGAUCGGACAUCUCUGAGAGACCGUCGGUGGAAGACGUCGAGUCUGAAACUGGCUCCACGGGAGCUCUUGAGACCAGGAGCUUGAAAGAUCACAAAGUUAGCUUUCUUCGGAGUGGUACCAAGCUCAUCUUCCGGAGGAGAAGCAAGCAGAAGGAAGCGGGCCUGAGCCAGUCGCACGAUGACUUGUCCAAUGUCACCGCCGACUCCGCCGCCAGGAAGAAAGCCAGCAGCUUUUCCCGCCGCCUCAUCAAGCGCUUCUCCUUCAAGUCUAAAUCCAAACCCAAAGCUAGCGACAGCGCAACGGCAGGUGAGAACUGA